GGAAGAAUGUCCCUUACAUUGGUGGAUUCACAGUGGGAAGAAUGUCCUUACAUUGGUGUGUCAGUGGGAAGAAUGUCCCUUACAUUGGGGGUCAGUGGGGGAAUGUCCCUUACAUUGGUGAUCAGUGGGAAAAGAAUGUCCCUUACAUUGGUGGUCAGUGGGAAGAAUGUCCUCACAUUGGGGGUCAGUGGGAAGAUAUGUCCCUUACAUUGGGGGUCAGUGGGAAGAAUGUCCUUACAUUGGGGUGGUCAGUGGAAGAAUGUUCCCUUACAUUGGGGGUUCAGUGGGAAGAAUGUCCCUUACAUUGGUGGUCAGUUGGGAAGAAUGUCCCUUGACAUUGGGGGUCAGUGGGAAAGAAUGUCCCUUACAUUGGGGGGGUCAGUGGGAAGAAUGUCCCUCUUACAUUGGUGGGUCAGUGGGAAGAAUGUCCCUUACAUUGGUGUGUCAGUG